UGGGUGAUAUGAACGCAGGCUGUAUAGGGUCCAGCUUGUUUCUCACUUUCAGUUCCCAUUUGUCUGGUGAAGUCAGUGCUCAGGGACGUUGCGUUUUUUAGUGAAGCAAGAAGAAAAAGUUAACAUUCAUCAGAAGUUUCAAGAACAAAGAUUCUCAUGCUGCCUUGUUUACAUGAUGGAUAGAUAUGUCAUAUCAUCUGCAUCAGAGGAAAUCAUUCCAAAUGAACCACUGAAUUAUCGACCACCUGCAGAGCUGUACCCUUACCUCAAUGUGGGGGAGCUUUAUGAAGAACACAGAUGGACCUUCCACACGGAGCGCGUGCAGCCGACGGACUUUGAGAAUUCUCCGGUGGGUCACCUCAUCGAGCUUCAGUCUGUGUCUCCUCAACAACUGGUUCAGCCAUACCGCUUCAGCAGUGAGUCUCUGCCCCUUCACCUGGACCCACCAAUUGGACCUCUCUCUGUGUCAACACAAAUCCCACAUUACAACCCAUCCCUGUGCUACCAGUACCAGCCCUCUGCCUCGCCUGGACAUUACUACUCAGAAGAGGAACAAAGAGGAAUCAGUCCCCCGCUUGAGGUAUCAGAAGGGGAGGAUGAACUCGAAGACCACAACCAUUCCUCCUUCAGGAAAGAAAAUAGCAACAAGAAAAAAAUCCGCUUGUACCAGUUCCUCCUGGAUUUGCUAAGAAACGGUGACAUGAGUGACAGUAUCUGGUGGCUGGACCAGGACAAGGGCAUCUUUCAGUUCUCCACAAAACACAAAGAAGUUCUGGCCAGCCACUGGGGUACUCAGAAGGGAAACCGCAAAAAAAUGACCUACCAAAAAAUGGCUCGAGCUCUGAGGAACUACAGUAAAUCUGGAGAGAUUAAAAAAGUAAAGAAGAAGCUAACCUACCAGUUCAGUGAGGAAGUGCUGAGAAAUCUCUAUCUACGUACGUAUCCUCACUGAUGAGGGAACAAAGGCUGUCUUUCAUUACGCUAAAAAGAUUGUGUUUUGCCUGUUUGCAAUUUCAUUUAGUUUUUCUACCAAGUUUUCUUACCUAUUUAUUUGUUAUUUGUUAAGGCAGUGUACAUCCUCUAUGGCAUUUGCCUCUAGCUAUAUAAACUUCUUCAUUUCAGACUCAAAAGUUUGUACGUGUAAAUUUGUGUGUUUGUGUACAAGGAUUAAAGUUUGAUUAAACAUCAGGGACAGUAAAUGACUUUAAAUAAAUAUUAAGUUAUGUUAUUUUUUUGUCAAAAUUACUCAAAUUAACUGAAUCCAUCUUAAAACAAGCACAAAAUAUGUUCCAGCCUACAGCUUAUGUGUGUAUAUUUCAGAGCAUGGUGUGUUAAUAUGUCAUUGUUUUUAAGCCUUAUUAAAAUUGGACAAACAGA